AUGCUUAGUCCUAAAAGAACCAGAUUCCGUAAACAACAUAGAGGAAGAAUGAAGGGAGUAUCUUCUCGGGGCAAUCAUAUUUGUUUCGGUAGAUACGCUCUUCAGGCACUUGAACCUGCUUGGAUCACAUCUAGACAAAUAGAAGCGGGUAGACGAGCAAUGACACGAUACGCUCGUCGCGGCGGAAAAAUAUGGGUACGCGUAUUCCCCGACAAACCCAUUACAGUAAGACCCGCGGAAACACGUAUGGGUUCGGGAAAGGGAUCUCCUGAAUAUUGGGUUUCUGUAAUUAAACCGGGUCGAAUACUUCAUGAAAUGGGCGGAGUGCCAGAAACUGUCGCCAGAGCAGCUAUGGAAAUAGCCGCGUGCAAAAUGCCUAUACGAACUCAAUUCAUUAGUGCGAAAUAG